AGUCUCUACUGGGCGUAUCAGGAUAUAGUAAAAAAUGUUUUGUAACAGUUGCGUUUACAGAAAUAUAAUUGCUUACUCAGGUGGCUGUUUAAAUCGCUUUUCCUGGACAAGUGCAACAUUAACAAUGGCAAAGAUUGAUCUAACUCAAAUUGGAAAGAACCUGUUGAAAAAGACAGACUCUGGCGAGGAUAUAGAGAUCCAGUCUCUAUGGAAGGGACAGACGGUGGUCUUGUUCUUCCUACGCCGGUUUGGAUGUCAGGUGUGUCGGUGGACAGCGGCUGAAAUAAGCAAACUGGAGCCCGACCUGAGAGCUAACAACAUCGCCCUGGUGGGCAUUGGUCCAGAGGAGACGGGCCUGCACGACUUCAGGGAACUAGGGUUCUUUAAAGGAGCCCUUUAUCUUGAUGAAAAGAAGAAGACCUACAAGGAUUUAGGCUUCAAAAGGUACACAGCCUUGAGUGUCGUUCCUGCCGGCUUGGGGAAAAAAGUGAGAGCUGUGGCUGCAAAGGCCAGUGCUCAAGGCAUCCAGGGGAACUUCUCAGGGGAUUUAUUACAGAGUGGAGGAAUGCUGAUUGUUGCAAAAGGUGGAGAGAAGGUGCUGCUCCACUUUGUCCAGGACAACCCAGGAGACUUUGUGCCUUUAGAAGACAUCUCCAAGGCACUGGGUGUGUCCACCAACGCACAGGAGGGACAGAUGCCGUCGUGCAAUGACGAAGUUUGUACGCGAUGAUGGCCUCAAGGACUGUGAUCCCACCAGGAGGAACUUUUUGUCUCUUUGUUGAAAAGAAAUGGGUAUUUUUUAAAUCAUGUGUGAAUCAUUAUAUCACCACCAAUAUUUUUUUAAGUCUUUGGUGAAAUUGUGAGAUUGAAAUAGUUAUACUUAUUUAAUAAUGUAAAAAAUAAGAAUAUUGUGAUUUACAUAUAUAGUCUGGAUAUUUCCUUAUUCUAUGAAGUGUCUUACAUAUCUAAAUAGAUUUGAGUUUUCUGUAUAAUUUUGAAUGUCCAUGAUGGAAUAAACAUCUAUAGAACUAA